AUAAAUAUGAAAAUUCAAAAAAAAAGAAAAAAGAAAGAGGAAUUGGUGACAGUCAUUUCAUGGUUGCCUGAUUUACCAAGACAAAGCAAAACCCCACAUCAACCCGGAAAAACCAACGAACACAGCACCAAAGCAAAGCAAAGCAAACGUAAGACCUUCGUUGCUUAUGUUGUCCGUGAACCCUAAUCCAGCUCCAGGGUUUUACUUUUUCGAUCCCAUGAAUAUGGGUCUUCCUGGUCUUAAUUCUCUGCCGCCUCCUAAUCCUGCGCCUCCUGCUACUACUUCCUCCUCGACGGCGAUGCCGGCCACCGCUGGGAAUCCCACCUCGUUUGUUGAGGACCCCAAUAAGAAGAUCCGGAAGCCGUAUACCAUUACCAAGUCUAGAGAGAGCUGGAGCGACCAGGAGCACGACAAGUUUCUGGAAGCUCUGCACCUGUUUGAUCGUGACUGGAAGAAGAUUGAAGCCUUUGUUGGAUCGAAGACUGUUAUCCAGAUCCGUAGCCAUGCACAAAAGUAUUUUCUAAAGGUUCAAAAGAGUGGGACUAGCGAACAUGUGCCUCCUCCUCGGCCAAAAAGAAAAGCUGCUCAUCCCUACCCACAAAAAGCACCUAAAAAUACUCCAAAUGUAUCACAAGUAGCUGGCCCGUUUCAAUCUUCAUCUGCUUUGCAUGAACCCAAUUAUGCAUACAGGACGGAUUCAUCAACUGUUCUUGGGAAUCCAAUUACGAAUGCUACUUCCUGGAGUUUUAACACUGUUCCAGUCCCACCAGUCGGCAUAUCACAAGUGACAAAAGAUGAUGCAGUAUUGGCUGGACCAACCAUCACACAGAAUUGCUGUUAUAGUAGCAGCAAUGAGAGCACUCACAUGACUUGGCCAGUCGGUGAAGCAGUUGAGCGAGGGAAUCAUGGCAAGCCACCUAGAGUUAUGCCAGAUUUUGCUCAAGUGUACAGCUUUAUAGGCAGUGUCUUCGACCCCAAUGCAACUGGACACUUACAGAAAUUGAAGCAGAUGGAUCCAAUAAAUUUGGAAACAGUGUUGUUAUUGAUGAAGAACCUUUCCUUUAAUUUGACUAGUCCUGAGUUUGAAGAUCAUAGAAAGUUGCUUUCUUCAUAUGAUGUCGGUUCUGAGAGUGCUAAACUUGGUAGCGGAUACAACAGUCUUCAUGCUGUCAAAUCAGAGGGUGCCGCAUCUGCAUUAUGAAGUUGUCUCAUCACAAAAUGAGAUUUCUAGUGCAUAACCCUGUAAUAUCUCAUCUUCCAGUUCAUCCGAGCCCAUCCCUGACAUUGAAGCUCGAACUCCAGGUUUACAAAAAGAGUUCUGGGAGCUUGACUUGCUAACAAGACAUAGGGAUCAGAUGUAUGUAUGUAUGUAACCAUGUAUAUGUAUAUGUUGUGUAGAUAUGAUCUUCGUAGGACCUGCCAGUAUGUAGGACAGCUUUGUCAAUACACCAAUGUAUAUUUUUCCCAUCUUGUGUGUAUUAUACACCGGUUUUCUGUGUAAAGGCUGUUGUCUAUAGUUCUUUGAGAGCAUCGUUUGUGAGUUUUGACUGUGCACCUUUGUUGGGGCUUGCCUUGUAUACCAAGGUCUUAGAACUUUUCCUUUAUAUGGAAUGAAAUCCUAAGCUUGAG